AUGGAACUCAUCAAUAGGACCCUUUUGGACCAGUUUGCCUAUAUUUCGCGUGGCCUGACCGACCGUUCAAGGUUUUGCUGGAGACUUACACGGCUAACAAUUGCCGCAGGCAUCACUCUCACACAGCUCUUUGAGUUCAUUCGUGAAUAUCACGGCACCCUCGCUCGCGAGAGUGGCAAAACCCACCCAGAAGUACCCAUCAAGUCAGAGGGUGAUGAUGGCGAAGACAUUGAGAGCACGCUCACCGAUGCCGAGUUGGCCUCGGCGCGGUUGGCUUGGGACUGGCUCCGGUCCAGACCGCAGAUUUUGAUUAACGGCCAUCCUAAGAGGUAUUGGAAUUUCCUCGAGUUCGACCAAGUCUUGGCUCUGCCCAAAGCGGCGCCCACCGGUGGUCCGUCCGAGUCAUCGGCAAUUGACCCUCAGUUAGAAGCUCCCGCCGCCAAAUCCACAACUGCGAAAGGCAAGGGAAAGGGCAAGGGCAAUGGCAAAGGCAAUGCCCAGGUCGAGAAGCCCAAGAAGAGCCUUGCUGUCCGACCUCGGAUUGUGCCGUCAAAAGAAGUUGUUUGGCAGACCUUGACCCAUCACGGUAUCGACUACAAGAAGGUUCCGCCUCUGGAGUGGGCUUGUUUACAGGGCAUUGCCACAGCAAAGCACCAUGGCAUUCUUCAGAGCAACCUCCGAAAGCUUGUCGAUCAAGAUAAACGGUCUCUACCCAAGAGAACAGAUUCACUCUUUAGGAAAGGUUACAUUGUCAAACGAACCGUCGUAGUUCAAAAGAUGAAGACGAGUAUGCUCUGGCUGGCUGACUUUGCCCCGAAGACGGUGGAUAACGACACGUUUGGUUUGGACUUGAACCCCCAGGCUCUCGAGAAGUUGGCGAAGGACACCAAAACUGUCUCCUGGCAUUCGAAAUGGACGGGAACAAACAUUGACGUGGCGGCCCUCGGCAAAACUAUUGUUGGUGUCGUCAAGGCCUUUGGCGUCAUGCGUUAUGCCGAUCUGAGAACCAAGCUUGGAGUGUCUGGCAAGCCAUGGCAGAUGAAGACUGUUGCAAAGAGUUGUCAGCGGUUUGCCGAUUUAGGAGUCAUCAAGUAUACAGCUGCUUGCUUUCCCACGACUCGCAAAGUCUUCAAAGACUGUCUCAAGUUCGUUCGCGAUCCCACCGACGAGGAGUGGCAGAGGUUCCUGGCCACUGGCAAGAAGACGUCCCAGUAUUCGGAUCCUAGCAGACACCGUGAGCCGAAGCCAAAUGCGCUCGCGCUUUACGAAAAUUCUGGAGCGCGGAUUCAAAACCAUUGGACUCCAGAGAAGCCGCUGGCUCAGACAGUCUUCGAGGUGAUCAAGAGCGCAGGCCCAAGAGGAGCCUCAAAUCCCCAGGUUAGCGUUGCCACUGUCGGCUACCAACAUCGGCGGUACCUGUCAAGCUACUUGACAAAAGUUGCCGAAACGCGGCAGCCCGCCCACUUGACCCAGUUUCAGGUCAACAGCGAGAUGAUUCGGAUCGGCAAAACCUCUGCCUACAUGUACAGGGCUACUGGCGGGCAGUCUACCGGUGGGCAACCACUCUUGACGCAAACAGCAGCGGCGGACAAUCCUGGCUCUGCUUAUGGCUUUGGAGAGGUUCGGCCCAAGAUGUUUGCCCCCGACGAAAAGAAUUCACUCAGCGCCCUGUCUCUGAUGGCACAACCCCCGCGCCAGGCGAACCGGAAGCAAAGCCACGUUGCUGCACAGUUGAGAAGACAGGAGCAGGCCCUAGAGGAAGCCAGAAUUGCGUCGAUGCAGUCUAUUGCUGAAGAAACCCCGGCGGCUGAUACCGAUACGGCUGAUGCGGCGCCAAAGGAGGCUGCUAUUGAGGUCGUCGAGGAAGCUGUUGCAGCUCCUCCUCGCCCAUCACUGAAGCGGGGAGCAGACGAGAUAUCUGGAGAUGAUCGCCCACCGGAGCUGUCCCCAGGUACCGUCUACAAGGUCCGUAUCGGUGAGCCACACUCGCUCAACCCGCAGCGGAGGAAGCGUGGUGCUCAGAGCGAUUCGCUUGUCAUUGUAUUCAAGAGGCAAGGCGAUGCUCCCUUCGUACCAGCUUCAACCCCACAGAGAUGGAGCGAACUUGGAAAUGAUGGCGCCACAGACAACAUGACGGUUGAAUUAGGGGAGCCGUCACCUUCGACACCUGCUCCGGAAGUUACAGUGGAAGAGGUUGAGAGGGCCACUCCUACUCGCGGCAGAGGGCGUGGUCGUGGUCAUGGUCGUGGAGGUGGCCGAGGUCGUGGCCGGAAGGGGCAAACCACUGUUGCCAAUGGACAGAAGCAGUUCGUCUGCGAAAAGUGCGGAAGUUCGUGGAAGAAUUCGAACGGGUUACAGUAUCACCUGACGGCCGGGCAGAAUGCCUGCAAUACGAAUUUCGAUCCUUCACACAACUUUAACAAGCGCCGACCCAUGGAACCUGUCUCGACACCCCCAGUUGAGAACUCCAGUACACCAACCACUCGAGGUGUCCGUAAGACUGGGGCCACGGCUACCAAGCUCCGAAGAGGAGCUCUUCGGCCAUCUAUGAGAAAGCGGCCUGCAGACGAAGCCAGGGAAAGCGAGAUGGAGUUUAGAGGUGUUGAGGUUGCUGCCAUUCCGGCGACUGCUCAGGUUGGGACGGUUAUUCCAGACCCAGACCCGCCGGUUCAGCCUUUUCAAAUUCAGAGCGGGUUGCUAACCCAGCGGAACUUUGUCCAGCAGUCCAGAAUGCCACUGGGUAACAAAGCUGCGCCUGCCGCACCUUUCACUUUUCAGGGCCAAGUCAGCCCCCCCCCUCAACCUAUGGACUUGGACACCCGGCCGAUCUCAGCUGCUAAGCCCGCGACCCAGGCUUUACCAAGUAUGCAGCUGACAGCCCAGGCUCCGGCCCAGCAUGUCUACAAUGGCACAGCUGAUGUUGAAAUGCCUGACAAGCAGCAUGAUGUUGCGGUUCCGGACGAGCAACAGGACGUUGAGAUGUCUGAACAGCCAGACGACCAGCCAGUCGGUGUUUCACAGUAUCCAGAUGUGCCUGAUCCAAAUGCUCAUCAGGCGUUCAACCCGGAGAAUCGCGUGCUCACACUGGAGAAGACAGAAGCACAUCCAGCCAGCACUGCGCCAGCGCCAUCCCAAGACUCUCAGGGCAUCAAGUCCUUCGUGCCGAAUUACUCGUCCUAUGAACAACUCGCAACGAACGCGAAGGUGCGGACUGCCAUGGUUUUUGAUAUCGUGCAGUAUCUUUUGGACAAUAACAAUGGCGUGUUUCCUGGUGAGAAAGCUGUUUUUUAUGCCGCACUUCGGGUCUAUUUGGCGACGUUCCCGGGAACCACUCCACCAAGUCUAAAGAACUGUCAGACUGCCAUCAACUCGCUGCAGGCUCGCAAGUUGAUAGACAUGCACACUUACUUGUUGAGGAAUAUGCAGGGCAGGAUGGAGACAUACAGCGUACUGGUUCGCCACGGCAUGGAUCCUUCUGCAGAAGCCGUCAAAUUCACCGCGCGAAUGAUCAAGGAAGCGUUUCCGGGACUGUACAUCCCGCCUGCGUUCUCGCCUACCCCGGAAGAGAUGGCUGAUUUACAGGAGACUGACCCGAAAUACCCAAAGGGGGAAAGGGACGCACGACCAAAUGCAAAUGGUCAGAAGUUUCGGGCCAGGAGGCGGCAGAUCACUGAGGUUGAGGUUUUCAAUGCCCCGUACUACAAUCAGAACAUUGCUGGCCAGCCUGUCAAGGAUACCUUGCGGCCUAAUCACCUGCGGAGCCACGGGAAUGUCGGGCAGAAGAGGCAAGCCCCGGAAGACGGGGCUGGGGCCGGGGCCCAGAGCUCUUCCCCGAAACGGCACAAGUCGAACGGGGGGCAUGCGACUCAUCCAGAAAAUCAAAGCGACUCACUCGUGGAUCCCGAGCUUUUCAAAACGUCGCCCCCUCAACAAUACUACCCGCUUGGCAACAUCAACCACAUCGACAGCAUUCACAGGCCAUCCAUCGUUGAAGCCGUCAAGCACUUCCGUCUCUUGCCCACACGGGGCGGCAGCAAGAUGCAUCACAAUGCCCGGCCAAGCAAGUCGCCAACGAAGAUACCCGAAUCCCUCGGCAGGAUCAAGAACCCAGGGUUGAACAGUAUGCCGACUUGGUUUUUCAAGAAGGGUUCCUACUUCUACAAUCUUAAUGCCAAUCCCAACCCUGAGCUUGUCUCGCCUACAGUUAAAUUCUUGGAGCCCAACGAGAGCCUCGAGGUUGACGAUGGAGAGUUUGAGAGUGAUGAAAAGGGGACGUCGUGGACUCCCGAGCUUGAGUCGAAUGAUGGCGAAUCUACGGGCACGGAUUGCGACGAAAUUACUGUGGUGUUGGAUGAAGAGGUUGAGAAGCCAAAGGAGUGCACGUUUGCCGAGAGCACUACGCUGACACAAGUUGCGGAUGGGGUGUGGCACGAGCACAGCCAAAAGCACUUCAAGAGGCUUGAUACCAGCUUCACUGUUGAUGGCUAUAUGCCGACCCGGAAGUGGCAGCUUGAGCAGAACAUCCCCAGAAGCAUUGAGACUAUGGCGAAGAAGAGCGACUUGGAUGCCCAUACUGACUGGAAAGACAAAAAGUAUGCGCUGUUUUGCACACUUAUCGACAAGGUCUCAGACUGGGAAUUGUCCAAGAAUGGGUCUACCUUGCUAGAGUCUGGCAGUGUGGCGCCUGAUUUCAUCAUCCUCAACAUCACUCCCAAGCAUGGAAUGAGCCAUAUGCCGGUCAAGGCCCGCUUUAACGACCAGAAGCAGUUCACGAUGGACACCCUUGAUUACCAGGAGCUGGAGUCUGAUGACGAUCAUCAAGAGCUCUUGCCCGGGGCUUUUGCCCACAGGAAGAAACGUCUUGGCAGGCCUCCCGGUUCUAAGUCGCAGACCACUCGCACUCGCUCUGGGAAGAUCAAACUCAAAGAGAUCAAGACCAAGCGCGAGCAUACUGGCUUCCCGCAGUGCCCAGAGGACUUCCUUAGACAGCCGGGUGACAGGGCCGAAGGGCUGGACUGGUCAAGUGAGAAUGUGCGUCUCGCUACUUACGUUGCCAUCGGUACACUCCUGGGUGGUACUUCUCGUUCUGUUGAUUGGGGCUUGAUUAUGAGGAUAUAUCCUGAGCAAACUCAAUUGCGGCACUACUGGGGUAUGCUUAGGAAAGAUCGCGCGUCGAGCAUUGUCAUAUUGACGGCCAAGUUUCACAAGAAGUUCCUCAAGGCUUACGAGGAGGAAGAGUUGCCGCCUCUCGACUUUGACGAUGUGCUUGCCUACGACUGGCUUAAGCUCAUCAAGUGGACGACCAGACUGGAUUGGGAAGAGAAGACGGCGUUGCCCGCCACAAGCCAGGCCCUGGAGGAGAACUUCACCCUGACUCCCGUUAGGCACGAGGACCGUGAAUGGCGCGAGGCUUACUAUCACCCCCAGCGAUCCGUCUUUAACCGUUUCCAGGACGCCACAUCCGAGCCGUUGGCUGUUUCACUGGACAACCAGCCCAAGCCCAAGCCGUCUCAAGAUAUGAUGGUCGCCAUGGCCUGGAUUCGCUCGCUCUGCGUGACGCCUGUCCAAGAGAAGCUAGACGAGAAGUUGGUGCAGAAGCGUAACGGCCUCUAUCCACACAUGAGAGCUGUCGAGAUCACGGAGCUGGUGGAGAGAGCCAUCGAGCAGCUUCAGCGCAUGCACGUCAUCUCCAAGUCUUCCAGGGACUGCAGUAACGGUCGUCAGUGGCGAUUCAACACUAGAGUGUUUGAACAGCUUGUCAAGGCGGCCAGCCAGGAGAAGUUUGAGCAGGCCUAUCGGUACAAGAAGAAGCUGGACGAGGCGUUCAGAGCCAAGGGUAAGUCUUCGGUUCGUUUCAAGGCUGACGACAAGGGCAUGACGAUGGUGCUUGUCAAUAUGCAAGCCAUGGGCCGGGUUCGCACUGUCAUCCUCGACCAGAAGAAUGUGCCCAUGGGUCAUGAGCCCGGGAACUAUGAAACGAGAAAGUAUCCCAAGGAGUACAUGCACUUCAAGAUGGACAUCAUUCCCACCGACAAGUAUGUCUACGAUGACGACGCCGAGCUUGUCGAACUUCGAGAGAAGAUUUUGGCUGCCAAACCGCCUGCUGCGGGGCCGGGAGGGGCGGUUCCGGUCUGGAUGACUUGCCACGGCGAUCUGAAUGUGGACAUGUGGAUCCAGUACCUGAGCGUGGUGGUGAUCACGCUGGCUUCACGUGGCAGCAUGAGGCCUGACGAGCUGGUCAAGACAGUCAAGCCGGUAAUUAUGGAGUUUGAGGCGGAGCUGAUCAUGGAUUGGUUGGAGGGCGUGGGCGUGCUCAAGGAGCAGAUUGCCGGGAUGGCGAGAGGUCUUGGAGAGUGGUGGUGGACUGUGGUGGAGGUUUCCAAGGAGGGAUUGACUGCUCCUGCUGAGAAGGAUAAAGGAAAGGGAAAAGAAGUGGAGCAAAGUGCUGCCGGUAACAAGCCGAGAAAGUCGUUGCCGAGUGGUAGGCCCACGGUUACUGCUUGA